GGGAUCAACAAAAAGAAUUCAAGAUGAACAGAUAUUUCCUCCUGGUAGCCAUUGCUAUUGCUUUGACACUAGCUUGUGUCGAAUGCGGAAGGCCUUCUCAAGUUGGAAAUGCGAUCAAAAAAGAGGGCCAGAACUGUGGGAAAGUUAGGAAAGAUGGAAACAUCUACUACCAAGGGACAUGUGCAGAUGGCUUGGAUUGUGAAUGUCCUGAAGAAAAGGGGAAGUGCACAUGUGAAGGAAGCGCAACAACAACCCCAGGCGUAUCAACAACAACCCCAGGCGUAGGAUCAACAACCUCAGGCGUAGGAUCAACAACCCCAGGCGUAGGAUCAACAACCCCAGGCGUGCCUCAAACUCCAAGCACAGGAAGGCCUUCUCAAGUUGGAAAUGCGAUCAAAAAAGAGGGCCAGAACUGUGGGAAAGUUAGGAAAGAUGGAAACAUCUACUACCAAGGGACAUGUGCAGAUGGCUUGGAUUGUGAAUGUCCUGAAGAAAAGGGGAAGUGCACAUGUGAAGGAAGCGCAACAACAACAACCCCAGGUGUAGGAUCAACAACCCCAGGUGUAGGAUCAACAACCCCAGGCACAGGAAGGCCUUCUCAAGUUGGAAAUGCGAUUAAAAAAGAGGGCCAGAACUGUGGGAAAAUCAGGAAAGAUGGAAACACCUUUUUCCAGGGAACAUGUGGAGAGAACUUGGAAUGCGAAUGUUCUACAGACACAAGAAAGUGCAAAUGUGUGCAAGAUUCUUUCUCUUAAUUUGUCAAAACGUUGGCUACAAAAUCAAAUAAACAAGAUUUAAUUCUUGCAUCGC